AGGACCCAGAAGACACGGGGCUAGGCGGUGGGUGGUUCCUUUCGUUGACGAAGACGCUUCUGGCUAUCAUCGUGAUGUCACAGAGGCAGGGCUGAUUCUCUGGCUCUUUGAUGCUGUUGCUGCUGCUGCUUUUGAUUGUCCCCAGUUGCUCAGAAAGGCAGCAGCAGCAAAAGAAGAGAAACAGCAUCAGCCGAGGCGGCGAGGGCUGGGGUCGCUCCAGCGGCAGGGAGAGGUGAUGUGCGGAUCCCCAGCAGAGGGGCCCUCAACGGCGUAACUAUUGCUCAGAAGUGGAGGCAAGAGCCAAGGCUCUUGGAGCUGCUGGCACCCCUUCCUGUGGACCUCAAGCCAUAACUCUGUUGGAGAGGAAAUGCUGCUUUCAUCUUUUCACCCCUUUUCAUAGGGUUGAAUGAAGAAUGUCAGAUGUGCAAUGGGAAGAUUGACUGCAUAUGAAUAAAAACAAAGCCUGAGGAAGAAGUAAAAGGGAAUACGUUUUUGGCAGCUGCCCUGAUGCUCAGGGAGUUUCUCUUGCCCAUCAUGGAAGCAGAUGGCUGGGAGUGGCUAAUGGCUCCUGUUCAGCAGCUCGUAUCCUGGGGUGCAUCUGCAGCUAUGGUGUUUGGAGGUGUGGUGCCAUACAUCCCGCAAUACCGAGAUAUUAAAAGGACUCAGAAUGCGGAAGGCUUUUCAACUUAUGUCUGCUUAGUAUUAUUAGUUGCAAAUAUUUUAAGGAUACUCUUCUGGUUUGGGAGACAUUUUGAGUCCCCUCUAUUGUUGCAGAGCAUUAUAAUGAUAAUUACAAUGCUACUGAUGCUGAAACUGUGCACUGAAGUACGUGUGACAAAUGAACUGAAUAUAAAACGGCGUUCCUUCUCAGCUGCAGAUAGUAAGGAUGAAGAAGUCAAAACGCCUCCAAAGAGAUCCUUUCUGGAUUUUGACUUGAACUAUUUCUGGCACUGGAGCAAGUUUACAGAUUAUGUGCAGUGUGUUCUGACUUUCACUGGAGUAACAGGAUACAUCACUUACCUUUCUCUUGACUCAGUUAUCUUUGUUGAAACACUGGGCUUCCUUGCUGUGUUCACAGAAGCCAUGCUUGGCAUCCCGCAGCUCUUCCGUAACUAUCAGAAUAGGUCAACUGAAGGAAUGAGUGUCAAGAUGGUGCUGAUGUGGACUAGUGGUGACACCUUCAAGACUGUGUACUUCCUCCUGAAUCAGGCUCCUUUCCAGUUCUCCAUUUGUGGACUUCUCCAGGUUUUUGUGGAUAUGGCUAUCCUGGCGCAAGUUUACUUCUACAGCUGCUACCCGCAGAAGCUGACUUCGCACACAACCCACCCAGUCAGUACAAAGGCACUUUGAAGCACAAGUUAGAAGCAGCCAUAAGUCAACAACAUUUGGAACCAGCCUUGCAGCUGCACUCCCACUUGUAAAUACUGUGUUUCUGAUGGGUUGGGAAUAGAAGAAUCAAACAUGGGAACCAUAGAAGGGCACCAUACUUGGCAUUAUUCUUAAUGAUUUGCUUCCUUUUGGGUUGCAUACCCAUUGGAAUGGAUUUUCUUCUUUUUUGUAUAUAUGGACAUACCUAUGCGUCUUAUUCUCUGUGUAUGUGUGGUUCACAAGGGCUGGAUGUUAGUAUUUUCAAAGCUAUUUAAAAAGAAAAUUUGAGUUACAAGUAUCAGAGAAUAUUUUGUCUGAAGCUUUUACCUAUUUAUAUAAAAUGUAUAUGGGCAGUACUUUUGGAAUAUCUAUUAAAUAUUUCGGAUGUGACUUAUGAAGGCAAUGUAUUCAUCAAAAUCAGAAGUGCAAAAUUGCUUUUAUAGAUGGUGAGUACACUUGAUCAAGGAUGGGUGUGGUGCUGGGGGUGGCAUGAGUUGCGUAGGAAGGGAAGGGAGUGGUGAAUGGUAUAAAGAGAUAACGUUUUAUUUAGUAUAAAUGUAUCAAGUAAGCCUAUACAUACACACUGCUGGAACAGUGUGACUGUUGAAUAGAUCAAAGUGGCUGUGGUGAUGCUAUGGCCAAAUGGAAAAUACAGAUUAGGAAGGAGUAAACUUGUUGGUGUAGAGAGAGAAGGGAAGGAAGGAGCCCGAUGUAACUCAGUAGCACUAGUAGCCUUGUUUUUGAAAUUGCUGCUGUCGUGAGAAGACUGAGGGAGAAAUAUCUAGCAGGUUGAGAGACCCCAUAGGCGAUGCUAAGAGAACCAGUGCAGGAUUUACUGCACAUGCUGUACUGGCAAUGGGGGUGCUGUCAGUAUAACUGCAUCUUAACAAAAAUGUCCAGUUUUAUCCUCCUGCUCUUAGAAGGUGAAGGGAGACAACAAGCAUAGGAAAGAGCCACUCUGAAGAACAGGCUUACUAAUGAUAUAUGAGCAGGCUUCUCUUCUUGAGGGGGUGGGGUGGGGGGGAGCCAGAAGCUUGACUUCUGAGUAUUAUUUAAUGCCAAAUGAGCCCAUUUUGUGUUCUGGGGGAAAUCUUUGCAGUAGCCAAAUACUGAAGAGUAACUGAGAUGGUGAGAGACUGAAAAAGCAGGUGGGCUGCUUAUUGCUUGCGUGCCAUGUCCGUGAGGAUAAUUGUGCAAAGUGUGUUUGCAAAUGUCAGAUGUGCGCAUGUCCUUUUUUGAGGACUUGAUUUGGAAUGCAAGAACUAUACAGCUUAAAGUGUUCCAUUUUCAAGCUCCCUGCCUUUGGCCAGUUGCCAAGAACUUGUUUCAAUCCCAUGAGGUCAAUAUGUAAUCAUGUUGCAUUUCAGGAGCUAUACUGUCACCUUAGAGAUCUGUGGUAGCCCAGAAACACACACUCCUCACUGUCUGAUAAAUACUGCUACGGAAUGGCAUUAAAUUCUUGUGAUUAUUUCAUAAAGCUACUCCAAAGGAUAUAUAACUUUGCACACCUGCAAGUCUAAUCUACAAGAAUGGUUUUCAACUGGGCGUACUCCCUUCUUGAUAUGCAUUUGGCUGUGCCAAAUCUUCUCUGUGCUGAAGAGACAGAAAGAUGUUGUCAUCGCAGUGCCAUGAAUGCCUAUCAGGAGUCUUUAUUUUUAAGGAAUUAUUUGCCUUCUGCACUUGUACGUUGGUUUUCUGAUUCCUUAACUGUCAAGUACAGAAAAACCUCAAAUUGGCUGGGCUCCCUCUUCUACAGGUGAAACCCUCCAUGUCUGAGGGGCAAAUGGUGCCAAUGUGGCAGCUGGAGGCACAGAAUACCAGCCUGUCCUCCAAUCAGGGUAGGCUUCUCCUGCCCUGCAGUAUCUGUAGUGGGUCUCUCCCUGCUGGUGACUAGCAAAUAAACCAAACCUCAGGAAAGCGGCUUUAUCGAGAGCUUGGCAUGAAGCAUUAUGGUCGACCUCAGACUACGUGCUAUUGAUUGGCUCCCAUGCUUAUUCCCUUAUGCCUGAAGUGACCUUGCCAAGCUGAUGUUAUGUGCAAUGGCAGAAUAUGAAUGUUUCAUUGCUCUCCUUUUCACAAAUGUUCUGGCUGUGUUAGAACACCUGGGCAUUUGUCUUUUAAAUUAUAAAUUUCCACCAUGGUUCUAUUUCCCUAGCAUGCUGCUGCAAUGAGGAUUGUAUUUAUACUUGUACAACAGGAUUUUUUUAGAAUAACCUGCACCGCUAGGCUUUAUUUUUAUAUGGGAAAUAGCCUCUUUUCUUCUCACGUUGUUUUUUGAAAAGGGGUUCUUGGUUGUGUGUGUGUAUAUAUAUAAAAGAGUGCAAGUGAGCUUAGCCUGUGUAGGCGCAUAUUGCCAUUAACUCUUUGUAUAACAGGUAUUAUUGAAGGUAAAUUUAGUUGUAUUUCUCUUCCACCCCACUCACUUUCUGGAAUGCUGUGCACAGGUUCAUAACUAGCUCUUGUUGAGACCCCAAAACAUAGGCUCUGUAUGAACAUACUUCCUUCAUAUACUGGAGCUGCAAAUCCUGGAAGACAUGUUGGUAAAUCUAAAUACAUCUUUUAUUUGUGGCAUUUAAAAAGCAUGGAUAGCUGUGACCUCUCCUGAAAUUCAGGAGAAUUUCAGAUGGCAAGAUAUUUAGGGGAAGGAUCAAGGAUCUCUUUAAGACUUACCUUAACUAACAUAAGUGGUUUCCAGUAUGAUCACAGCUAUCUCAGGAGCCUUCCUAGCUGUGUGAGGACUCCUCAUGUAUGAGCAGCUUCUCUGUGACUGGAAGAAUGUUUCAGUGGCCCAACCACACGGAUAGAGUCCAGUCAUAUGGGUCUUUUUUGGGGAUUAGCACCCCCAUAGGCUGCUGACUUCAUGGGAAAGACCCCUGUGAUUGAUCCCUGUCGUUAUGGUUGCAUCAUGUUCUCCCUUGGAAAGGGAGAACAUAUAAAGGACACCUCAGUUGUCAGUGAACUGCUUCCUUCAGAAAGCUAUAAAGCACAUGUUUUAAGAAAUUGUGUCAGUGAUCACCUCAGAAUGUAGAUAGAAAUAAUUUUAAAUGCAUCUCUCCGUUGAAUGUAUGGUAUAUUUCAAUGGCAUUCAAGCUGUUUAUCAGUUGCAUUGAUUUUUUUAAAAAAAUAAACCAACCACUUAUGAACACA